AUGCACGCGAGAAAACACAUGGCAGGUAGAUCGGAAAUUUCACAAACAUUAAAAUUCAAAGGGAUGAGAAACUGUCAAGAAUCUAAGAAGCUUAGUUCUUCCGUGGAUAGGUUUAAAAAGGAAUACGAAAAGAAACUUCGGGAAUUGUCGGUGCAGCAAUCAGUUCUCCUCGAAUCUCAAAGGAGACGAGAAUCCCGAAGACGCUCUCUCCCCUCAACGGUUGACCCAAAGAGCGAAGAUGAAAUGAGAAGCGUAGCCGAAAAGAUCUUGCAAGGGAGUUCUCUCUCCGAUUCCGCCUUGGAUCAGUACGCUAAGGGGCUAAGAUCUGGAUUAAAGGGCGAAAACAAAUCUCCAUUAUCGACGUCUCCUCUUCUAAAACUGCCCAGUAUAACAAUCCAGAAAGAUGCAGGAACAGGGAAGAUAGAGUUAGAGGAUGUCACAUCGAUAAAGACGCCAAAAAACAAGCUCAAGUACUCGAAACAAGCGCAAGCAAGGCUGGAUAUACAAGAUUUAACGACCAAGCUAUCGAACGGUUAUUCCGCAUCGAUUAUUGCAUCUCCACCAAUGACGAGACCAGCGCGAAGGGGGAGUUUACAAGUCACGAAUUUGUUUUCUUCGGCUGUGGAAGAAGCUGUCUCAAAUCGAAGGAUGUUGAUGCGGAGAGGAAGCUGCCCUGACUUGAGCUUAAACCUGUGGGCUAAGGACAAGAAAUUUAUCGGGGGGAACUGUAGCGGGACAUUCGAAAACCAAAACUUUACCAGACAGGUGGAGGAGAUGAAGAGGUGUCGAUAUUUGAGGUUUCCCACUUCCAUUAGAGAGGAUGAUGAAGAAAAAAAUGAAUCGGGUUUUACAGAAAAAUGA